UAUUAAUGUUGUAAAUUAUUUGUUUUUCUAUUCUUUGACUCAAAUAAUACUUUCAAGAUGGGAAUAAUAUCAAGUAAAGAUACGCGUCGAGUUAGUUUUGAUAAUACAUUUGCUUUAGCUCCUGCAUUGAAUAUACAAAAUUCUAUCCAAGAUGAAAACGUAGUUGCAUUGGAUGACCUAGCAGCAGAUCCUGAUGAUGACCUAAUUUUUAAAGACAUUAAGUCAAUAGAACCAACGGAAGAGGGCGAUGGCGACUAUUGGGCUCAUAGAAUAGAAUUUCUUAAAAAGGAGCAUCAAUCUAUAAACAAAAUUAUAGAAGCCGAGUAUGAAAAAACUGUAGAAAAUACUAAUAAAACAUUUGAACCUCCUAAAGUAACAAACGAUAAGCUACAAAAAAUUAAACCUUGUUUGGACUGGCGUGCUAAGAUUUUACAAUGUUAUGAAGAAAAUCCACAUCAGCCUUUGAUGUGCUCAUCUCUAGUGCAAGCUUUCAGCCAAUGCGUUUCGACCUGCAGAAUCGAGAAGUGACUAUUUUGCAAUGAGUGAAAUUCUAA